UACAGCGGCGAUUAAUUGAAAAAUAUCAGGAAUCAGCAUAGCGCAAUGUUACGCCAGUCGCGACUGGUGCUACUAUUGCUCCUCACCUUAGAGGUCGUGCAAGUAGCCUUUACAUCCACGCCGCUUCCAUAUAAUUUCGUGCACGAUGAUAUACCAAACAAUCUAUUGGACUUGGAUGAUGAAAGCCAAACAGACUUAAUUAAAUCGCACAUAAAACUAUCAACGCCUCAAGAGAAAUAUAAUGUAACAAUACCGACGAACACGCUUUCUAUUGAUAACAAUUUCAGGCGCUUUAGUUGUAGUUGCAUUGUUAUUGGUCUUCGUUUCAGAAAGCGUGUUAAUGCUAUGACCACCACCAGUAAAACUGUAGAUGACAAUUACGAUGAUGAGUAUGACAAUUACGAGUACGACGAUGAUAUAUAUGAUAGCUAUGAUGAAAGCUCUACAAGUACGACCGCCAGUACAAAGGCAACCAAAAAGACAAAAGGCAAAACGAAAUUGAAUAAUUCUAAAGAAAUAUUUAGAGUUCAGAUGAAACCCAUUAAGGGAGAUAUCAAAACUUCCACUGUUAAAGAUUUGAAUUUGGAUAACAAUGAAUCUAAUGCUAUUGAAAGUCAUGAGAAAACUCUUAAUUCAGAUGAAGACGACUAUGACGACGAGGACGAUGACGAGGAUGACGACGACGAUGAUGAUGACGACGAUGAUGAGGAUUUCGAUACCGUAAAUAGUAUCCAUGAUGAAGAAGAAGUCGAAUUCACUCAAAGCGUUCCCUGUCCUAGAUAUUGUAUAUGUGAACGUAAUGUCAACAGCUACUUGGUGGCCUAUUGUAGCCGCAUUGAUCCUGGAACGCAGAAAUUCGGCAAAGAUAUAACCGAUUUGGUGGUAACAGACGUUAGCCCCAAAUAUCCCAUACUAUUGGGUCCAAAUUUCUUCUUGGAUUUGGGCUUAAAGUACGUUUCAUCGAUUAAAAUCGCCAAUUGCUCGAUAGAAUAUUUGCAUCCGGAUGCCUUUUCGGGUUUAGAUGAGUUAUAUGCCGUGAAUUUAACAAAUGUCGGUUUGGCUAUUAUGAACCCGGAUACAUUUGCGAAAAAUAAAAAAUUACGCUUAUUAACCAUAACUGGUAAUGACUUGAGUGUCAUGUCUAGUGUACACUAUCUACUUAAGUCGUCCAGCUUGGAAGAAUUGGAUUUGUCGCGUAACAAUCUCAUGGAGCUUAAUCCUCACGCCUUCUCGCAGCUCAGCAAUAUCAUUUACAUUAAUUUAUCGCAAAAUAAUUUACAGAAAAUACCGGAAGGUAUCUUCGAUCAAUUGCAAACUAUAGAGGAAUUAGAUUUGUCAUACAAUUCGUUAAAGUCCUUGCCUGCGAAUAUCUUUAACGGCACCGCCUUAGCUAUCUUGCAUUUGAAAUAUAAUUCGAUUACAAAUGAUUUACGUUUCGCUACCGCCGAUCUACAACAGUUGGAUUUGAGUUUCAAUCAAAUCCAUCAGGUUCAUCACGGUAUGUUCGAUAGAAUGACUGGUUUAACCAAUUUGAAUUUGAAGGGUAAUGGACUAACGAAAAUUCAGACCGAUUCCUUUUUGAGUUUGAAGAAUUUACGUCACAUCGAUUUGUCGAUCAAUGAAUUGAAUAAGAUAUCAAGUAUGAUCUUUUACAAAAAUGCUGGCUUGGAUGUUAUACGUUUGAAUGACAAUCCGCGUCUUAGCGAAUUACCUACGGACGGCUUCCGCAGCCAUAAUGGUUACUUUACGGUCUAUUACUUUGAUAUUUCGAAUUGUGCCAUUGGAGCUUUAGGACAUAAAACCUUCUCAACAAUGCCUCACCUCACCACCUUAAAGUUAGCCUGGAAUAAUAUCAAUAACUUGGAUCGCGACACGUUCGCCAGUUUGAAAAAAUUGAUUGAUCUUGAUUUGAGUAAUAACUUGAUAAGCAAACUAGACGAUCUCAUCUUUAUGAGAAACAACGAUUUAACCAAGUUGAACUUGGCCGGCAAUCCUAUCCGCAAGCUAUCCGUACGUUUGUUCUUGCCUUUCAAUAAAUUACGCGAACUUGAUGUUAGUGAUUGUGAGCUGACUUCUCUAUUAAGCGAUAAUCAAUUUGGUGUGGGACGCAAAUAUAAAUUCUAUCAGACUUUACAUUCGUUCAAUGCCUCGGCCAAUCAAAUUCGUAAAAUCAGUUCAGUGGAUGUACGCAACUUUAAGAAUUUACGUAGCCUGGAUAUAACGCAAAAUCCAAUUAAGUGCAACGAUGGCUUCCAAGACUUUAUCGGUUACGUAUCGUUAAACACCGAAAUUAUGCCUUACAAAAUGCCCAGCUUGGAUAGCAUUGUUGCUGAGAGUACUUCACCUAAAAUUCAGGCCGAACUAGGCUGGUCUUCAUUGGCUCACCAUAUUUGCAAGCACUUGGAGACCGAGACAGAACCGAAAAAUCAAUACAAUAAGAAAAAUAAGUUACCGAAAUACAACACUGAAGACGAAAAAGAUGAAAACGAUAAGCAAUUGUUGACCGUACUAGAAGAUCUCGAAUCCCAUAAGAUCUUGAGAGGUAAAUCGGAAAAGAAGAAAAAAUUGAUCGAAGCUUUAAGUGAUAACUAUGACGAAGGCCGUGCAGAUAACGCGGAGGAAGAAGACACUGAUGAGAAGUACAAUAAUGCCGAAGAAAUAAAAGACGAUGACACCGAUAGCAGUUAUUCUGACGAUGACGACGAGGAGGAGCCAGAAGAUAUCGCAGCCAAUGAUGAUGAAUACGAAGAUUACGAAAAGAAAGCCAAGAUUUCCAAAAAUGUUAAAGAUCACGGCGUUAAGGUUGAGGAAAUUGAUCUGAGUAAAGAAACUGAAAACAAAUAUCUACUGGACAAAUUUUUAGCUCAACAAGAAAAACAUUUGAACAAUAUUAUCCGGGACGAAGAAGAAGAGGCCAGCAAUGAUGAUGAUGAUGACGAAGACGAUGACGAAGAAUUCAUUAUCGAGCAUGGUCGCAUUUACUAUAGUGGCUACAGAUUUAUGAUACCCAUCAUAAUUAUAGUAACUAGCGUUCUAUUGCUAUUACUGAUCAUCGCUAAAGUGGUGUCGAUGGUUAUGCGGAAACGCGGCGAACGCUAUCGCAUGUCUCUGCUGCAAGCCCAUAAAAAUUCAAUAGUCUAUCAGAAACUAAGCGAAGAAAUCAAGCCACCCAAAGAGCCCAAACAACCCAAAGUGCAUCGUUAUGCUCCGAUUAGUGUAGUCUAAACUUUAAAUGAUAAAAGUGGGUGGGAAAGCAAUGAUUAAAAGUGCGGGAGAGCGGGAGAGCGGGAGAGUGGGAGGAAAAGCUGCGAAAUCAUUUUAAAUACUAUCUGUUUUGUUUAGGAGAGAUACACAACAAACAAGCAAAGAAGUUUCCGAGAAGCGAGGAAAAUCGAAAGUUAUACGAUUUAGGUUAAACUUUUAACCAUUUGUAAUACAAAUACUAUAGAUAACCUAUAUGAUAUAAUAAUAAUAUGCGACAUACAAAAAAAAAUAUCUCUAUCUACACCUAUAUAUAUUAA